CCCCACGUCGUACGCGCUGCCGGCGGUUGCCGCGCGGUUAGACAGUAUUUCCCGCCCACUGAUGAUGCUGCACGAUAAGAGCCCUAUCAAAAGCUUUCUCGUGCACCAGGCUUGAAGCUGGCUAGGAUGCUGAAGAAAGGUGUCAUGAAUAUCUAUCGUUCUUGACCAGUGCUGGAUCAUGUAUUUAUAUUAUAUAUCUUCAGACCUGACCUCUUCUUAAUCUGAAUCAAUCCUCCAAGAUGCCCUUGACCUUUUGUCCCAACUGCAGCAACGUGCUGACUAUCUCCCGCGCUGAGCCCUCCUCGCAAUAUCCUCUUGGCGUCAACCGUUUCGAAUGCCGUACAUGCCCUUACCAAUAUGUCCUGGAUGUCGAAUACUUCGAAAAGACAGACAUGAAGCAGAAAGAGGUAGAGGAUGUCUUUGGCGGCAAGGAGGAGUUUAAGAAUGCGGAUACGGUAGCAACCCAGUGUCCCGCGGAAGGGUGCAAUGGAGAGCGGGCAUACUUCUUCCAGCUCCAGAUUCGUAGUGCCGAUGAGCCUAUGACCACAUUCCUCAAGUGUACCUCAUGCGGCACUCGAUGGAGAGAAAACUGAUCCGAUAUGAUGGUACUCGUGCUUUUUUUUUUGGUGUUUCUUUGGAUAAGAGUGAAACAGAACCUGAUAGUGGGCUAGAUGGAUUAAGUGAGAGAGAUCGUCUCGGCAUGUCUACAAUAGUAAUGAUAGAUGAUACCCCGCACUGUGAAACAGAAAGUAAAAAUUUUUUGAAACCUGCGAAGCGGGAUCCUACGGUGGCUAGGUGGAAUCUUGGAAUCCUUGUUUUUUUUUUUUUUUUCUUUUCUUUUAUUGGGACCACAGCUACGUAUCGUAUUGACAUCAAAG